AUGUCAUCGAAGGCAGCUGAGCCGCGGCGGUCGCUGACGGCAGCGGAGCUGGCGGGAUACAGCGCGCUCCCCGUGCACUCGUUCCUCGGCCUGCGCUUCCUCUCCGCCUCCCCGCAUCGCGUCGUCGCCACUCUUAUCUCCUCGCCCCAAUCAGCUCAGGUAAAAACGAACCCUUUUCAUCUCCCUAGUCCUUCCCACCCCUUCCCCUCCGCGUCCCCCCUCCGUCCCACCUCCUUCCCGCCUACUUCCAACUCCCUGUUAAUGGCGCGGCGAUGCCCUGCGCUGCACUCCCCGCGCACUCCUUCCUCCCGCCUGCGCUUCCUCUCCGCCUCCCCUGACCGCGUCGUCGCUACCCUCACCUCCUCGCUCUCCUCCGCCCAGCUACUCUCGUCUCCGCCCUCCUCCACGCUCCGGUACUACUCGCCCCUUCAAAUCUCCUUACCACCCCCUUUGGCCCCCCGCUUGGCCCGCUCCUUGCCACCCGCUCCUCACCUCCUUGCCACCCGCUCCUCACCUCCUUGCCACCCGCUCCUCACCUCCUUCCCACCUCCUUCUCGCCUCUCCUUGCUGGUAGGUGUUGCUGGUGUCCUUCUGACUGGCGUGGCGGUGCCAUGCGUGAUGGUUACCGCUUUCCAUCUGCUCACCACCCCCUUCCCCUCUGCUUGCCCUUUCCUUCCCACCUGUUCAUCACCUCCUUUCCAACUCCUUGUUGGUGGCAAUCGCUGGUGCCCUUUGGGAUGGCGUGGAGGUGCGAUGCUCUUAUCCGUCUCCUCUUCACUCCUCCCCACUCCUGCGCACUCCUCCCCACUCCUUCCCACUCUUCCCCACCGCUUCCAGCCGCUUGGCAACCUGCAUGGGGGGGUGUCAGCACUGGUAACGGAGGCAGUGGGCAGUCUAGGCGCUGUCCCUCCUCACUCCUUCCCGCUCCUUUCCUUUCCUUCCCAUCCCUCCCAGCCGCUUGGCAACCUGCAUGGGGGGGUGUCAGCGUUGCCGCUUGGCAACCUGCAUGGGGGGGUGUCAGCGUUGGUAACGGAGGCAGUGGGCAGUCUAGGCGCUGCCCCUCCUCACUCCUUCCCACUCCUUUCCUUUCCUUCCCAUCCCUCCCAGCCGCUUGGCAACCUGCAUGGGGGGGUGUCAGCGUUGCCGCUUGGCAACCUGCAUGGGGGGGUGUCAGCGCUGGUCACGGAGGCAGUGGGCAGUCUAGGCGCUGCUGUCGCUGCUGGUGCGCCGGUGGUGGGGGUGGAAGUGGCGUGCAGUCACCUUAGAGGCGCACCCAUUGGCACUCCUCUCGUUGCUGUUGGCACUCCCUUGAGAGUCGGCCGCACCGUUCAGGUGUGGGAGGUCCGCCUGUCAUCUUUAAGCAACCGUGCGCCAGCACAAGGAGAAUCGGCCCCUGUUAGCGUGUUGACGUUUGAGUCAAUUCAAAAGGGAGCAGCACCACGGCCCAGUCACUCACAGUCACCAGAUAGCAAUGCAGGACCGAGCCUAGAGCCUCAGCAGCAGCUGUUGCCACCUGAUUGCACACCUGAGGGCACACCUGAGGGUUUUAAGGCUGGCCGGCUGCUGGCAGUGGGGCGUCUGACGUGUGUGCCCUUGCCCCAGAACAGUGGAGGAGGGGCGAAUGGGGAGAAUGGGAAUGUAGGGGAGGCGAAUGGGGAGAAUGGGAAUGGAGGCGGCGAGAAGGGAGGGAACGGGAGUAGAGGAGAAGCAUUGAGGAGAGGAGAAAGUGAAGCGUUGGGGAAUCGAGAGGAGGGAAGUGGAGAGGCGGAGCAGUGGAUUGGAGAGAGUAAGGAUGAGCAUGAGGGCAAACGUGCAUGUGUCUGCAUCGAUUUCCCUCCCUUCGACUCGCCUCCCUUCAACCAUCUGCCCAUUCACAAGUUCAUUGGCCUUCGCUUCCUUUCUGCCUGCCCUCACCGCGUCGUCGCAGCGUUUGUCUCAUCCCCAGCAACCGCGCAGCCGUUCAACAACGUGCAUGGGGGAGUAUCAGCCAUAGUCACGGAGACCCUCGGCAGCACGGGCGCGAGCCUAGCAGCAGGGGGGCUGGUGGUGGGAGUGGAGGUGGCCGUCAGCCAUCUCAGGCCGUGCCCCCUCGGCACUCCCGUUGUUGCUGUCGCUGUGCCGCUGCGAGCGGGGCGCACGGUGCAGGUGUGGGAGGUGCGCUUAUCCGUCCAAAAGCUAGACAAACAGAGGCGAGACGAGCAGCAGGAUGUGGGAGAAGCGUCUGGAGGGACGGCUUCAGCUCCUAGAGCAGGGCAACUGCUGGCAGUGGGACGGCUGACAGCGGUGGUGGUGGGCAAGGGGGAUGGCGAGGAGAGGAGGAGCAAGGCAAGGCUGUGA